AUGAAGUGCCGGGCAGACGUUCCCACAGAAGGGGCCUGCUUUUUGACUAACCACAUUUUGAAAAGUCUUGCCGAAAAAGAAGCAGAGAAACUCAAAAAUGGCCCAAGAAGUGACAGAGAAGUUGAUGCGCAACUGUGUCCCGAACACGAAGAGAAACUCAAACUGUUCUGUAUCACAGAUCAGCAGCUGGCUUGUAUCAUAUGCAGAGACGGAGACAAACAUGAUGGUCACAAAUUUAAACCAAUCAAAGAAGCAGCUGUUCUUGUGAGGGAGGAAUUAGAAGUAUUGAAGCAACAAUUAUCCAUCGACACUACUGCACUUGAGUAUUCUGUAAAAGCCCAGGCUGGAGAGAUAACAAAGACCAAGACAACAUCAAAACAGCUGAUGGCACAGAUCUCCAAACAGUUCCAGGAGAUGCAAGAGUUUCUGAGAAAAAAGGAAAUGAAGAUCAAGUGUGAUCUCACACAGGAGGAGGAAGAUGCCGUCCAGAAAAUGACCAAAGCAUUAACCGUAUUAGAAACAGCUUUAAAAGAGAGCAAGGAGCAAGAAGAGAAAGUGGAAGCUGUUCUUAAGAUCACUGACUCUGAAAAGUUCCUAAAAAGCUGGACUGAGAAUGAAAGCAAGAAGAGACCUGAAGUCCAGGACGUUGAAGUGGUGAAAAGCUGCCUCACACUGGGUCCAUAUGAAAGUCACUUGCAGUUCUUUGUGUGGAAGGAGAUGCUUCAGAUCAUUGAGCCCCGUGAAGAGCGGAUACUGUGCAUUACUGAUGAGAGGAACAGCAAGAACAGUUGCCCUCAGUGUCGGACACCUGUUGUAGUGAAAGGAGCGCUUCUUCCCACCAGUCACAUACUGAAGAGCCUGGCUGACAAGGCAAAGGACAGACAGAGGAUGGAAAAUGAGACGGCAGGAAAUGCUAAAGGAGAGGUGAAGGAGUUGUGUCCUGAACACCAAGAAGAGCUGACACUGUUCUGCGUCACAGACCAGCAGUUGGCUUGUAUGAUGUGUAGACACGGAGAGAGGCAUCAAAAACACAGGUUUCAGAGAAUUGACAAGGCAGAUGUGGCACUCAGGGAGAAGUUAGAGAAUCUGCUGCAGCAAGUUUCAAACGACGUCAACGCCACUGAGAGGCGCCACACUGCACAGAGGGAAGAGAUAACAAAAGCCAUACAGAAGUCGGAGCAGCUCACCAACCAGAUCCACAGACAGUUUGAGGAGAUGCAUGUAUUUCUUAGAGAGAGAGAAGCUCAGAUUCUUACUGAGCUCAAACACAGAGAGGAAGACGCUGUGCAGAAAAUGAGUAUGGUGCUCAGUGGACUAGAGGAAAUACUGACACAAAAUGCAAUGCUGAUGGGAAAACUGGCAUCUACUUUGGAAGUCAGAGAGCCCGACAAGUUCAUAAAAUGCUGGACUGAGAACAACAGCACAAGCCCCAAUCAGAUAGUAUUCCAGCCCAGGGCCAAUGAAUUCCAGGUAGUAAACAGUUGGCUCUCAUUGGGGCCCUAUGAAAGUCACCUGCAGUUCUUUGUUUGGAAAGAGAUGCUUAAGGUCAUCCAGCCCAGAGCAGAACUGCUGUCCUUCAGAAGAAGCAGCCCAGACAUAACAGUGUCAGAUGAUGGUCGUAGUUUGUUCUGUACACCCAGGACUAGACCACCUCAAAUGGGUCCCCGGAUGGGAAUCAAUCCCGCUAAUGGAUCUGCACAAACCAUGCCCAAUCCUGCACAGAGCACAGCAGCACAACUUGGCCAAUUAAUUGGUUUUCCUUAUUUUGGGUCCAGUGCAAGAUUUGACCAAAUUAUAAACAACCCCACAUUUGGCCAAGCAAUAUCUACACCUUCUGUUGUACCCACAGCAGGAUUUGGCCAAAACAGAUCCGGUCCUGUGUUCAACCCCCGAGCAUUUGGUCAAUUCAUGCCAAACCUUCCUGGUUCCACUGCAGGAUUUGGUCAAAAUAGGCACAAUCCACCAAAUGCAGGAUUUGGUCAAACCAUGAACAACAUUCCCUUAGGCGCUAACAGAGGUUUUGGACAACCUUUGAGUGCUAGCACGUUUCAGGCACUGAGCGUCAAUGAGUUCUACUGUGGGCAGCACUACUGGGAGAUAGAUGUUGGCCACAGGGAGUACUGGGAGCUAGGCAUCAGAGAUAACUUCUUGAAGUAUAAUGAGCAGAAGUAUUCCAUCUGUAGUUCACACACAGUUACAGAGCUCAUGUUUGAAGGAAAACCUAGAAAGAUCGGGGUUUACCUAAACUGCCCGUCUAAGAAGAUCUCCUUCUAUGAUGCAGACAACAUGACACACAUUGACACCCUGAGCACUCAAGGCAUGUCCUUUCCACUCCCUGCAUACUUUAAUGUUAGAUUCAGAACUCCAGACCCUAACCCAAUGACAGUAUGCUGGUACUGACGAGCUAAUACCAGAAAGUUGUUUUUUUUUUCAGUGAAGGAUUAGACCAGUAAUGUUUUUUUAACACUGUGUACUGCCUCUUUAACUGUUUGUCUGUCCAGGUACCAGCUGUAUGACCAACACUAAAAUCAGUAGUGCUGACUGAAGCACAGUAAUGAAAAAGAGAGUGUAUUCUUUUUGUGGUAACUGGCCAAUUUAUCAGCCAAAGGUCCAAUACACAAUGUAGUAGCACGAUAUUCUUUAAUGUACCACUAGAGAGAGCCCAAGCUCCACUAUUGGUAGGUGUAGCAAUUAGGGGAGCGCCUUCAAUAUUGUCAUGGUCCCAGUACAAUGGCAGUAUCCUUUCUUGCUAAUGUGGUUUUCUUACCAUUAUGGAUUUGUGACAACAUUUGUGACAAGUGAAAAACUUUUUUUUUUUUUUAAGAACAUCGACACUUUUGCAUGGGAACUUAGUCACUCAUUUAACUGAUAACAAAAGCACUUUGUUUAAAAUUGUGGGAGCGUGAAAUGAAAACAUUGAGUGUUAAAAAUCUGUCUGUGGUUCUUCAUUAAAUUCUUGUCUACUGCUCCUAAUUUGCAUAGUACAA